GUCGUAGUCAUCGUCGCUGCUGUUGUUGCGGACGGACGCGUGAAGAAGAGGGGACCAGGGUUAAGGGACUGCAAAACGGGUUGAUUCGACGCGCGAUUCUCUCCGAGGGACUUCCCGGCUGUCGUUCGGUUUUUCGUUUAAAUACGGACACGAUUAGACGAUGCCCGCUCAGUUUCACUUUUGGCACGCGCUGAAACGGUGUCAACCAUCAUGAGGUCGUCCUUCCACCUUGUCGGACUGUUCGUGCUGUGCAUCUUGGUCAUUAUCAGUGUCCUCGAACACUCGGUACGCGCCGUUCCUAUUGACAGCAUGAAUUUUGUUAAUGCGACCGAGUGUCCGAGGAUCGUCAGUCGAAGCGAAUGGAGGGCCAGGAAGCGCCUCGAUUUUCAGAUACUUUCGGUGACGCCAACUCCGUAUGUGGUGGUCCAUCAUGGCGGUAUACGUAAGUACUGUCAGGACCAGGAGUCGUGCUCCGCGAUCGUUAGAUCCUACCAGAACUUCCACAUGGACGAUCGAGGCUGGUGGGACAUCGGCUAUAAUUUCCUCAUCGGCGAAGACGGCAACGCUUACGAAGGUCGGGGUUGGAAUUAUGUUGGCGCGCAUGCACCUGGUUACAACACCCAAAGCAUUGGCAUAUGCAUUCUAGGAGACUUCAGCGACUUUCUUCCGAACGUGGCCGCCCUGAAGACGUUGAACGCGCUGAUAGCCUGCGGGAUUUCACUUGGCAAGAUAAGCGACAAGUACCACGUGCUCGGUCAUCGACAGGCGCGGAACACGGAAUGCCCUGGCGAGACUUUUUACGAAUACGUGACUACUCUUCCUCGCUGGACCGCGAAUCCGAUACCCAUUCGUUCACCCAUCACCUCGACGGAUGCGACUUUGCCAAAAGACAGCGUAGAGGGAAACAGCACAUCGAAUGCCACUUUACAUCAGUUCAUCGAUUUGCAAGUCGAAAUGUACAUCGUGACGACGACGACGACGACGUUGAUUUUGACAACAAUUGUCGCCAGUGGUCUAAACAUUAUUUCUAGAGCAGAAUGGAACGCUAGAGCACCGAAAUCACCAACUGCCAAUCUCAAGAUCAAACCAGUGUCAAACGUAAUCAUUCAUCAUACAACUGGUCCUGGUUGCGAGACCCAAGCUGAAUGUCAGUUGAAAGUCAAAGGAAUCCAGAAGGAGCAUAUGGACAAUAAAAGAUGGUCCGACAUUGGCUACAAUUUUAUAGUCGGUGAGGACGGGAACGUUUACGAAGGCCGUGGUUGGGGCAAAAAGGGUGCCCAUUCCAUACCUUUCAACAGCAAGAGCAUUGGGAUUAGUAUUAUUGGAGACUACAGCAACCGAACACCAAAGGCGGCUGCAAUACAAGCAGUAACUAGACUGAUCGCUCGUGGAGUGGAUAAUGGCGAAAUAAAGAGUGACUACAAGCUUCUUGGACAUCGACAAACCUGGCCAACCGCCUGUCCCGGAGACAGUCUUUACACGAUGAUACAAUCGUGGCCUCAUUGGAUGGAAGCUGCCAAAUGAAGGAUUAUUUUUAAUAUGACGAUAUCAGGGUUAGAUUUAGAAGUAACUCAUUGUUAUUUGUAACGAAGUUACAGUUAUAUUUUUUUGGUAUAACUAUAACUGAACUUCGUUCCUUUUUCUGUAUCUAUAACUGUAACUGUAUCUGUAACUGUAACUUAACUUAGUUACAUUUUUGGUAAUUUAACUAAUUUAAUAGUUAUGUUUUAAUAGUUGUUUUGUUUAAAAAUUAACCAUUUUUGGAAAGUUA